AUGUUGCCAGAAUCUUUGGUUUAUCUUUUGACUAAGGCAACAGCCCUCGUUUCUGUUAUCUUUGAUGAAACAACCCCAACAAUUAAGCCUUUCUUCGAUCGUCAACAAUUUAAUUUUGAAGUUGAUUUGUCUAAUCUAAAACAUUUUCCAACAUUUUUGGGGCAAAUCCAGGCAGAAAUAAAAAUAAAUAAAACAGAAUUGACAGAAAAUCCUUUAAUUAUUUAUUUAAUUGAAGAACAAAAAAAUGAAAUUAAAAUAAUUGAAAAUAAACAAAAAGAAGUUGUUGAAGCUGUACAAAUAUCCCCAAGUGAUUUAUUUAGUAUUGGACGUGAAAGUGGAAAAAUACAUUUAAUGAGGAAACCAACAGAAAAUGAAUUGAAUAAAAGAGAGGGAAUUAAAUUUAAAGUGUUUGCUUGUUCUAAUUACCAACCACGAAAAUAUCAACAACAACAAAACCAUAACAAUUGUUCCGAAGCACUAAUUAAUGUUAUAUUUUUAUCGGAAUUAAUUGAAAAUAAACAAAAAAGAAUCGAAACCCAAAAAACAAAAAUAAUCGAAGAAACAACAUUCCAGACAUUUAUCAAUACAUCCUCACCCUCAUCUACUUUAUCCCCUCCAACUUCUACUAUUUCAUUAAAUCAAUCAAUUAAUAACCAAAAUAAUGAAAUUCUUGAAUUUAUUCCUCUUCCAAAAAAUAUAUUUUUAGCUCCAACAAAAGCACCUGGUUCUACAAUAAUUAAUCUUUCUGUGCGUAUUCAUGAUCCAAAUGAUGGAAAUUGGCAUUUAAUUCCAAAUGGAAUAGGAGGGAAUAAUCAACAGAAUAAUCAAAAUAUGCCCUCCAACUUAAAUUAUUGGAUAGAAGGUGAAGGGGAAAAUUUAUUUACAAUUUAUGGAAAUUCUUUACUUCUUAAAAAUCCCUUAAAACCUGGACAAUUUGAUAUUAAUUUACGUGCCCGUCUUCAACGAAAAGGGAAAAUUUUUGUUGCUGAACAUAAACUUAGAAUUAUUGUAAUUGAUGAUGAAUUGCCUCAAUUAUAUCCUGUUUUCGAGAAAAUUAGUCAUGAAUUUAAUAUCGACCCAGAAGGCCAUUUCCCUGUUGUUUUCCCUCCAUUAAAUGCUUCCUUGGCAGGUGGUGGAAGUGAAAAUAUUCGUUUUAAUCUUUUCCCUGCUCGAAGUAAUGACCCAACAGAUGGGAUAGAAAUACAUCCAAAAACUGGACAAAUAAGAGUCCGUCGUUCAUUUCUUCGCCAUUUCCCUUCCGGAAAGGGUGGAGAAGUUUUUCUUGUUGUUAGAGCUGUUAAUCAAGCAUUAAAUGAUAAACAACAAAAAUAUUUUUCUGAUGCAAGUAUUUCAAUAAUUAUCAAACAAAAAUCAAUUCCACCAUUAAAAUUCGAAUCUACCUUGUAUCGUUAUAUUUUAUCUGAACGUCAACCAUCUGGAAGUAUUUUAGAGAAUGGCCCUCCAAUUAGAAUUUUAGAACCUAUUUUACAUUCAAAUAUUAGAAUUAGACUAGCAACUUCUCCACAAACUGUUUGGGCGCUUAAACAUUUUGGAUUAAUGCCUAACGGGUCUUUAAUGUUAAAAGAAGAAGUGGAUAUGGAAAAAAUGUUGGAUAAAAGUCAGGGAUUAAUAAAAAUGGAGGUUGUUGCAGAAGAUAUUUCUGAAGGAAAAGAAGCUAGAGCUAAAGUUGAAAUUCAAUUAAUUGACAACAACGAACAUAAUCCCGUAUUUACACCCCUUUUUCCUAAAUUUUAUUUACAACCAGAAACUCUUUUUGCCGGCCAUCCAAUUGGGAAAUUGUCUGUUAAAGAUGAGGAUUUUACUGAUAGGCAAGGAGAUACACUUGCAUUUAGGGCAAUUUCUGAUCAAAAUGCAGCAUUGCCUGGUGUUUACACUCUUCUUGUUGAAGUUCAAGAUUUUGGUGGUUUAAGUGCUCGUACAACGGCCACUUUUAUUUUAUUAAAUUAUGGAGAGAAAUUUACAUCGAUACAACCAGGAAUGGCGAAAGGAAUUUUGGACGAGAAAGGCACUACAGUAGAGUUUCCACUUCCGCCAGUUGAUUUAGAAGGUGAAGAAGUUAAAGAACAAAUUACAAAAAUAAUUGCUAAUUCUGGAGGAGGAAAUAAUUUAGCACCAAUUUUCUCAGUACGUGAUUCAAUCGACUGGGAAAAUAUGAGGAAAAUUGAUAAAAAUCUGUCACAAAAUCUAAAUUUUGUUUUGGAAGAAAAUAAUUAUAAAGGGUUAUUUCGAAUGGAUAAACAAAGUGGACAAUUAUUUUUGGAAGAAAAUAAGGAUUUGAUGGAUAGACAAAAGGAAGGAGGAGGAAAUGAUGAUAAUGAAUAUGAAUUGAGGGUUAGAGUGGAAAGUCCGAUGGAUGAAGGUGAUAAAGAGAAAAACGGAAAAGAUUCAAAUCCACGUAUUCUUCUUCGUCGUGUUUAUACCGUUCGUCUCGUUCCAAGUAUUGCUGUAGGCAUUCAAUCAAAUAAUAAUAAAUCCUCUACGAAUGAAGUUAAUAUUGAAGAAAGUACAAUUCCGACAACUGAAAGUUCAUUUACCCAAUUAUUUUCAACAAAUUCUAAUAAUAUUACAACACUUUCUGACGAGGAAUUCUUAAAAACAACUUUUUCAUCAUCUUCAGUUUCCCCUGCAUUCUUAGAAAGUAGUACAGCUGAAGAAAUAACAACAAUAAUUAAUCAUGAAUUUACUAAAGAAUUAAUUGAAGAAACAACAACAUUAUUAACAAAUCAAGAAGAAUUAGCAACAACAACAACAAAUAAUUUAGAAGAAGAAUUUUCUCCUUCCACAACUUUAAAAGUUCCCUCUGCCCGUCCUUUAGAGUUUUCCCCAACAUUCUCCACAAAAAUACCAACAAAACCUUCAACUUCCCCCUCAAAAACAUUUUCUACUUUUUCUACUCGCCAACAUUCAAAAACAACAGAAAAAAUUAAUUUUGCCCUUCCUCGUUAUCAUUGGCUCUUAAAUAAUCCAACAAAUAAUGUUUUGAUUGGAAAAUUGGAUGUAAUUGAUUAUUCAAAUAAAGAAGAAAUGAUAAAUAAAGUUGAAAUGAUUAUUGAACCUCCACAAUUUAGGCAAUGGUUUAAAGUAGAUUCUGAGACUGGCAAUCUUUAUUUAAAUGAAGUACCUGAGGGAUUAUAUGGACGUCAAAGAGCAGAAUUUCGAAUAAAUUUAAUUGUUCACAAUUCAAUAAUGGGAGAGACAAGUGUAACUGUUGAUUUAAAUUUACCUUCAAAUGAAAAUAAACAAAAAGAGAAAAAUGUUGAGAAUAAUAAUCAGUUAACAACAACAACUAAAACAACUCUAGAGACAACAAUAGAAAUUUCUGAAGGUUCUGAUCAGGAGGCAACAUCACUAACUGAACUAGACAAUAUUCACCGCUUUACAGUGAGUGUAUCUCCAAUGCAUUUUGCUAGCACCACAAACCUAGGGGAGAGGGAAGAAGAAACUGAAGCAACAACUGAAAUUGUUAAAUUUACUCAAAAAUCGAAAGGACAACAAAAUUUAAAGUUUGGAUCCCCUGAAUUUCGAGCAAUGCUUCCUGAAGGGCGUUAUGGCAAUAGUGGGGCACAAUUAACUCUUAGACCAUAUCCCCUUUCUACUGGAAUGCCAAAAGGAAUUAAAUAUUCAAUUAUUGACAGUGAAGAAAUAAAUAAUUCGGGACAAUCACCUUUACCUUUUUUUGUGCAUAGUGAUAGUGGAGAUUUGGUAGCUUUUGCUGAAAUUGAUCGUGAGGAAAAGUCUGUAUAUCGAUUUAAAGUUAAGGCUUUUGACCCCUCAAAUAAUCAAAAUGCCGAAACUCUAGUUACUGUCCAAAUACUCGAUGUUAAUGAUAAUUUUCCACACUUUUUGGAGCCUUUAAUCUGGACUAUACCAAUAGCAAGAAAUACUCCAUAUAAUACACAAUUAGCAACUUUUCAAGCUAAAGACAAUGAUGAGGGUUCUCAUGGGCGUGUGCAUUUUAAAGUAGAAAAAGAUUCAAGUGGUGGAUUAUCUUAUAUUGAUGGUAGAACUGGUCAAUUGUUUCUGGCAAAAAAUGUGCCUGCUGAGAAUGUUGAUCCUCGAGAUCAAUUUGAAAUAAUAAUUUCUGCAUUGGACGGUGGUCGUCCAUCCCUCCGUACAGAACAUCAUAUUAGAAUUGAAGUUUUCCCCGAAGGAAAUGAAUUUGCUACUCCAGAAUUUCUUCUUCCAGAAUAUAAUGCUGGGAAUAUUAGUGGGGCUGCUGCACAAAAUGGAACUUUUAUUUUUCAAGUAACUGCCGGAAUUUCUAAACAAAUUUGUUAUGAAUUGAUUGACCCUCCAAUAGCUAAACUUUUCGUUAUAAACUCGAAUAACGGGCAAAUUCGUAUGGGGAGACGCCCCUUAGAUUCUGAACGUGGACAUCAAUGGUUGUUGAAUAUUAGUGCUUUUGAUUGUCAACAGAAAGAACAUCAACAUGGAUUACAGUGGGCAUUUACAACGGUAAAAGUCCAAUUAGAACAAUUACCAAACGAAAUUAUUCAAACAACAACAACAAUUGGAAUAACUAAAGGAGAAAUAGAUUCGGAAACAAAUAUAAAAGAGAAUUGCCAUUUUUCUCAAAAAGUUUACAAUACAGAAAUAACAGAAAAUACACAAGGAAAGCAAAAACUUUUAAAUUUAAAUAUUAUUGGAAAUUGUGAAAAUCAGCAAAUUCAUUGCUUAUUAAAUCAAAGCAAUGAAGCAUUUGAAUUAAAUGAUGAAAUUAAUGAAAAUAAUAACAAAUAUUGUGAAGUUUUUGUUGUUCAAUCCCUCGAUAGAGAAAAGAAAUCUAUUCAUUUUUUGGUUGUUAAUAUAAGUAUUGAAAGUCAGGAAGGUAAAGCUUCUGUUAAUGAAAUACAAGUUGAUUCUUCUGAAUUAACAACAAAAAAAGUGGGGAAUGAUGAGGAAGAAUUACAAAAAAGAUUAAAAAGAAAAAAUGGAAUUAAUAAUAGAAUUAAACAAAAUAAUUUAAAAGAAGGCCGGGAAGUGGCUUUUAAUGGAUUAGUUGAACAAAUCAAAUCAAAGCUAUCAGACAAUCAAGCAUUAAUUGUUGUAAGAGUUAUUGAUCAAAAUGAUAAUGAACCUAAAAUUAAUCAUUUAACAUCUGACGGACAAAUUGUUUUUGCUGUGGAUUGGCAAACUCCAGUACUUCAACCUAUUGGACGUAUUCAAGCCUUUGAUCCUGAUGAACAGCCUAAACAAUUACAAUUUUAUUUAGAAGGAGAUAAUUCUAAAUUAUUUUCUAUUAAUUCAAGUUCUGGUGUUAUUCAAUUAAUGAAAUCUUUACAAAUAGAAAAUUCUGAUGAAUAUUAUUUGAGUGUUAGUGUUAGUGAUGGAGAACAUACAAUACAAACACCUUUAACUAUUUAUAGACUUCAACCAGGAACGAAUAUUGCUCUUUUAGUAAUAAAUAAACCGGUAGAUCAAGUAGAUGUACUUAAUGUUGUUAGACAUUUAAAUGCACUUCUCCCUUCUUUGGAUGUUGAUGUUCUUGUUAAACAAGUUUAUAUUGGAGAAAAUGGAUUGGCUGAUCCAAAACGAACUCAUUUACUUGUUUAUGCCCAAGACAAACAAACAAGAAUACCUUUGCCUGCUAAUAAAUUAAAAGAAUUGUUAGAAUCUUCCCUCGCUCAAUCAGUCUCUUCCGACACAAAUUCCCCUUCUAUUCCAAAUCUCAAAAUUUCUGAUUCUCCUUUACAAUUCUUGGCAAGUGUUCAAGUUCCGGAUUAUGGUGUUUGGAGUUCAACAGCUCCCUUCAGAUUAAAUCCAACUGAAAUUAUUUUAUUGUCUGUCAGUGCAUUUUUGGUAUUCGGAAUUUGUACAAUGCUUUAUUUACUUUUGCGAAAACAAGAAUUGAUAACAAAAUCUGAUUUGGAAUAUAUGGUAGACAGUCAAAUAGCUGGUCCUCGGCCAUAUAAUGUUGAAUUAAUAACACGUAAAGCUAUGCAAAAUGCUCAAAAUGCUACACUUAGAUUGCCUGAACCUGUUGAGGAUUGCACUUUGACGCCAGAAUCUCGCGCAACAAUGCUUGCUUCUUCGGGUAUUUAUAGCGGCGGCAAUUUAGGAGGUCCAUUAAGAAGAACAAAUCGUGUAACAACAACAGAAUCAUCUUUAUCAGAGGAAGGAACACCGCCACAAUUUUCUCGUUCAAAUAUGUCAAAUGAACAAUUAAUAAGAGGCCAAAAUGGAGGAUUAUAUGGAAGGAAUGGAGACCCUGAAGAACCAGAAUAUUCUCCAACAAUUCCUCGACAUCAAAGAUUACAAAAUAAUUAUGAAUCUGGUGAACAAAGCCCGGAAACUAUGAGGAGUGAAGCAGAAGAAAUAAAUGUUUCACCUCCAGAGGAAUGUCCUCCACCCCCACCUUCAAGUAGUCCUCCAGAAUUAAAUGGAAAAUAA